CGCACGCACACGCACUGAGUCACUUCUGCCUCGCGGACUCUCCAAGUGCGAAGUUACUCUCAUUUAUUGAAUUACACCCGAUUUUCACACUUGUUUUUCCUCCAGCAUAAAACAAACAUACGAAUUUUCAGAUUUUUUCCGAAACAACGUACUCUACGUGAGGAAGACAUCAAGUGUUUUGUUUUGUCGGAUAAGGCUUCAUCUAUGAGUAACAAUGAAGCAGAAUCAAAACACCAUAAGAGUCUUCAUGAUCAUCUGUCUAGUGUUCAUUUUGGGUCAAGCAGAGAAUGACAAAGACUUUAAGAUGUGUGGAAUAUGGCGCCAUGGCAGUGCAUCCCGAAAUCUGAUGUAUGAUUUAAGACCAGGCUGUGACGACAUCAGGAUUUUAGGAAAUGAGGCUAACUUCUCUAUUCAGGGCAGUAUCACAGCGAAGUGCAAGCAAUCGGCAAUAAUUCCUCUAAAUUCAACCUCCAUUCCAAAUCAAAGUCGUUUCUGUGUGUACUGGGAGCCACUGUUGGACCUGCUGAUAGUGGAAGUGAAUGGAGAAAAUCGGACACUGUGUGGCCCAAAUGGCCUACAGGGCAUCUGCUGCACUAACCUCUCACCAGAGUACCAGAAUGAAAGCAAGCUGUAUGGUAUUGUGAAUGGCAGCAUUAAAGGGGAUCUUAUCAGCAGCCAUGUCAUGGAAACAUAUACAUUCCGGGGGGAAUCAAUAAACUGCAAGGAGAAGUUCUGUGAUGAGGCAAGCAAAACUCCCGGAGGACCAAACAUGAUUGAGGAAGCAGUAAUGAAAUCUAGCAAAAUUGGGCGUGUGGAUCUACCUUGUGUUCAGGGAAUUAUCAUUGAGAUGGAAGAGGGCUUCACAGGAGACACGAUCAUGCUACCAGCUCCACACAGUAGACAGUCCAGCCAAAUACCCUCAAUCUAUCUCCCCCCCUGCGUGAAAUCAGUAGUAAGAAAGAAAUCCAAAGUGGUCUGUACCUACUUCAGGGAGAAGACAGCAAAGACAUUAUUUAAGCAAAAAAAAUCAUCAAAAUCACCUGAGUCAACUCUUCUGGAUGACAUAAUUGGAAUUUCGGUGGAGAAUGAGAUCAUCUCUGACCUCCCAGAACCUAUCAAAAUCACGUUCCGUCAUUCAGCCCUUCCAUCUAAUUUUUCUAAAAGUUGUGUUUCAUGGGACACAAGAAAAGACAAAGAAGUGACGUGGAGGUCAGAUGGUUGUAAGACUGUUAACAUCACUGCAGAAGAGACAGAAUGCCAUUGUAAUCACCUUACGUACUUUGCUAUUCUUGUGCAAGUGAACCAAAGAGCUACUGUGUGCUAUCUUGAGGCUCUGACGUACAUUACAGCUGUGGGAUGUGCUGUGUCUUUAGUAAGCUGCUUGGUUCUCUUCUACUGGCUCUGUAAAAAGAGAAAAGGGACGAAAAAUCAGUCCUCAUUGGUGCACCGUGGUCUGGUGGUGGCUAUAUUUCUUUUGUGCUUGUUCUUCAUUCUUACUGGUACAAUGGGAAAUGUUGGAAAUGAGACAGUUUGUCAGAUAACGGGAGCCCUUUUGCAUUACGCGCUGCUAAGCGCCCUCUGCUGGAUGGGUGUCGAAGUAUUUCACGCGUUCUUUUUAAUCCAUCAAGUGUUCCAGAUACCGCCUCCGACAUGGCUGUUUUACCUGGGGGGUUUUGGUCUUCCAGCUCUGCUAGUUGUUAUACUGUACUUUAUAGGGGAUAUUUAUGGUCGAAGAAUGAUUCUUGAUGAUGUCAACAAUCCAUACUACAUGUGCUGGAUGCUGGACAGUGAAAAGAGCAAAAUGGCUCAUUACAUUGUAAAUAUAGGCUUACUGGCAGUUGUGAUGAGCUCUGGUGUGUUCAUGCUUGUCUACGUUGUGAGAAAGAUAAGGAAGAUGCAAUUGCUGAAGAAUCGUUACGGAGUAUUUCUAAGUAUCUGGGGCCUCAGCUGUCUGUUUGGCACCACAUGGGGCCUGAGUCUCCUCGAUUUUGGCCCCUUUUCAGAGGCCAUCCUCUUCCUUUUUUGCAUUAUCAAUUCCUUACAAGGAUUUUUCCUCAUGCUGCGAUACUUCAUUAUGAAACGCAUAGAAAAGACACAUGAGUCCAGUGGGAGCAGUAGUGGAUCAUCAAAACAACUGAUGCUACAGACUCAUGAAAAGAAUUAACGGACUGAAGAUGUUCAAAGUGUUUUUUCUAAAAUGCUCUAUCGGAAAUGUAUUGCAUUGUAUUAAAUGAGGGGUCAGGAUUCAUCAGGGCAUUUGUAAAGAUUCUUUCUCAUCCUGCAGGUCAGGCUCUUAAGUAAAUGUUGCUUAGAUGACAUUGCACUGAUACCGAGCAUCAAUGCUUUACCUGUCAUAAGCUGUAUUUCUGUAAUUGACUAUUCUUGUGAGUAUAUAUUUUUUUCAAGCAAGCCUUGCACUUUAGCUUUUUAACUACUGUAGAAAAUUGCAUUUUUUAUUGUGAAAUGUUACGGCGAUUUUUAGUGAGUCACUGUUAGUAAUGACUAUAAUGUCGAAUCUAUGAUCAGAUAAAGAUUAUCUGAUGAGUAGAAGUGGUGCAUAAGCUGUUAAAAGAGUACAUUCCUCAAAAUGAUUUUCAGAGUAAAUGAGGUUGACAACUGUAAAAUUUAUUUUAUUUCAGUUUUACUUUGCACUUUUGUUUAUUGUAAAGAGUUAAAUUUUGAUAUUGAAUAUUGAGAUAUUGAAACUUUUGAAACAAAACUCUUUAAAUUGGGCGCAUUUUAUUGCAGAUGUGUAGUCCAUUAAAAAACAUGAUAAGGACCCUAUCUGAUUUCUUUUUGUUUUGUAUAAGUUCAAAUUAAAGUAAUAAACUUGGGUAGUUUAAAACAGACAACAAAUUACGUUCAAGCAUAUUGAAUAGAAAAAGCAGUACAACAUAGGAUUAAAUAGGCAGAAUAAACAAACGACAAUAAACAUGACUUUUCAGGAUUGCAGCCACAAGCUAACAAGACUUAACAAUGAGCACAACUCUUGACUGGAAUUUUAAACUGUGAAGCAAAUAGAUUCAGCCGCUUAGGUGAUGGUGACCCCUGGUGGAAUGAAUCUUAAGCUCCAUUUCAGCUUCUCCUUGGACUGAGGAAAACAAUUAUUUACAGACACUUACACAUUUGAGAAACUUUUUACUCUUUACAUCUACUCUUUUUUAUUUUUGUACUUUUUAUUUUUUGUAUUUUUGUACAGAAACAUAUUUUUAAUGUCGUGUGAACACAAAUAAACAUUUCCGAUGUUAAA